GCGGCACCCCCUGCAGCCGCCCCAGCCGGCCCCUGGUGACGCUCACAUUUUCCAGUGUUUAGAUUUUAUCCGCUUUAUUAAUGAGGCAGGCGAGAGGCCCAAGCCUGGGGGGAAGGGGGGUGCUCCUGCCCUACCAAGGGGAGGGGUCACGGGGGGGCCAGGACAGCUCCAUGGGAGCCCCCCUUCCUCAUAGGGGGAGUUGGGGCCCAGAGUGGCCCAUACCCAUUGCCAGGAGUGCAGAGAGGGGGGUCUCUGCCCCCCCAGGCCCCUCAACGGGCUGGUGCUGGGUGGAGCAGCCCCUGGAGGCCUGAGUGGGCAGCCAGAGGAGGCAGGGAGCCGAGUGAGGAGCCGCCCCUGUAGGAAGGGAGGGAGGGAGCGGCCUGCCGAGAGCUGGAGCGCAGCGGGCAGCUGGACUGAGAAGCAGGCGAUGGGGACCUGGUGUUCCAGGCACCACCAGCCCCACCCCCGGCACCUGACAUGAACCCCUACGGGCCCCUCAACCUGAGCCUGGUGGGCGAGGCGACCACGUGUAUUGCACCUGUGGCCCCCAACGCAUCCAGUGGGCCACCGCCGGGCAUCGGGGGCGCAUCACCAGCGCUGCCCAUCUUCUCCAUGACGCUGGGCGCGGUGUCCAAUGUGCUGGCACUGGCGCUGCUGGCGCAGGCCUUGGGUCGCAUGCGGCGCCGCCGCUCGGCUGCCACCUUCCUGCUGUUCGUCGCCAGCCUGCUGGCCACCGACCUGGCUGGCCAUGUGAUCCCGGGUGCACUGGUGCUGCGCCUGUACGCCGCGGGGCGCCCGCCAGCCGGAGGCGCCUGCCACUUCCUGGGUGGCUGCAUGGUCUUCUUUGGCCUGUGCCCACUGCUGCUGGGCUGCGGCAUGGCGGUGGAGCGCUGGGUGGGGGUGACGCGGCCCCUGCUGCACGCAGCGCACGUCUCGGUGGCCCGCGCUCGCCUAGUGCUGGCCGCGCUGGCCGCCGUGGCCUUGGCCGUGGCUCUGCUGCCCCUGGUGCGCGUGGGCCGCUACGAGCUGCAGUACCCCGGCACGUGGUGCUUCAUCGGCCUGGGCCCGGCGGGCGGCUGGGGCCAGGCACUGCUCGCCGGCCUCUUCGCCGGCCUCGGCCUGGCCGCGCUGCUCGCCGCGCUCGUGUGCAACACGCUCAGCGGCCUGGCCCUGCUGCGCGCCCGCUGGCGACGCCGCUCGCGACCGCCACCCCCGACCUCAGGCCCCGACAGCCGCCGGCGAUGGGGUGGGCGCGGACUCCGCUCGGCCUCCGCCUCCUCCGUCGCUUCGGCCUCCGCUGCCUCCAGCGGCAUCCUGGGCCGUGGCUCAGCGCGUAGAGCCCGCGCCCACGACGUGGAGAUGGUGGGCCAGCUCGUGGGCAUCAUGGUGGUGUCGUGCAUCUGCUGGAGCCCGCUGCUGGUGUUGGUGGUAUUGGCCGUUGGGGGCUGGGGCUCCAGCUCCCUGCAGAGGCCGCUGUUUAUGGCCGUGCGCCUCGCCUCGUGGAACCAGAUCCUGGACCCCUGGGUGUAUAUCCUGCUGCGCCAAGCCGUGCUGCGCCAACUGCUUCGCCUCCUGCCCGGGAGGACGGGCGCCAAGGGCAGCCCCGCGCUGGGUCUAACCAGAAGCACCUGGGAGGCCAGCUCGCUGCGCAGCUCCCGGCACAGUGGCCUCAGCCAUUUCUAGGCACACCCGGAGGCCCAGCAACUAAGCCGGACCACUCCAUGCCGGGCAAGGUCCGCAGCGCGGAGCCUUCGAGGAAUAAAGCCAUU